ACGUUAUCGUCAGCAAUCAGCAAAGUAUUGCAAUAUAAAAGCCUUAAAAAUCAGUAUUUACAUAGUAAAACUAUUUAGUAUAUAAAAUAGAAAGCUGAUAAGACGCCAAACUCAUCUCGGACGACGUCAAAUUUUAUACAAAACUCAAGUUGCCAGAGACGUUCAAGUGCAGUCGGUCGUUUAAUCAGCUCACGAGAUGUUGCAUUUGAGGAAGCAAUUCAUUUUUUCAUUGCUGAUAACAGCUUCAUUACAAACACCAAAUAUUUCUGCAAAUCGGUUUGAACAAACUGCGAAUGAUGCGGAUUACCUGACCGUCAUUGUGGACGAAACAAUACGCAAUUUAGUAAAGCAAUGCAACAGAAGUAGAAGAGCGGAAAUGCAAACAAGUGAACUACAACAAGAACAGGAAGUGCCAGUGACGCUGAAACAGUUGAGCGAUCUAAUGGAGAAAACCGUACGUUCACUAAGCGACUCCUUUACGAAGCGCCUGCUGUUGCGCUUUCCCAAAACCUGCGCUGACAUAAUACCGCCGGGUGUGCGCGACCGCGAUGAUGUCUACAGCUUACACAUUUCCGGCUACACACCGAUCAAUGUCUACUGUUUAUCCGAUGCGGAAGGCGGUUGCCCUUGGACCGUUGUGCAUAGACGACAAGAUAAGAAUACCGAUUUCAAUCUCAGAUGGGCUGACUACAACGCUGGUUUUGGCGAUCCCUAUACUAGCUUCUUCGUCGGCAUGCAAUCGCUUUUUUGGUUGACGAGCGAUGCGCCGCAAGAAUUGCGCAUAGUCAUGCGUUUGAAUAGCGAUAGUGUGGAUGAGAUCGCGAACUACGAUCAUUUUGUUAUUGGCGAUGAGAGUGAUCAGUACGCGUUGAAAAUUUUGGGGAAGUUCAGCGGUAACGCCGCGGAUGAGCUGAGUAAAUUGAUCGGUUACAAGUUUCGUACGUAUGAUCGCACGGGUUACUGUAUUGGCAAGGAGAAGGUCGGUGGCUGGUGGAAGGAGGGCUGUGCUAAGAGUAAGUUAAACGGUAUGUAUGCGCCCUCAAAGUGGGAGGUGAGACAGCAGGUUGGCAUUAUUUGGGAUAAUAAGACUACAUUAGGUAUGAAUUACUCGCUGGAAUAUGUGCAUAUGGCGAUACGACCAAAAUAUUGUCACAAAAUUAAAACGGAAUUAUAAAAUACUA